GAAGUGGAUGAAAGAGUUUCCGCAUCCAACUCGUCCAAACAGCGAACCCGCCAUGGCAACUACCGCAGUUUGUGUCCUGUUUCUGGUCCUCUGUGCGGCUUUAGCAGAAGAAGUGAAACUAAAAUACAAACCUGCAACUAAACCUGUGAGGUUGUUUACCGAGGAGGAGCUGAAGAGAUACGACGGCAGUCAGGAGGACCAGCCUAUUUAUCUGGCAAUUAAAGGAGUAGUGUUUGAUGUCACCACUGGAAAAGAGUUUUAUGGUAGAGAUGCUCCGUAUAACGCCCUGGUGGGGAAGGACUCCACUCGAGCCGUGGCCAAGAUGUCCCUGGACCCUGCAGACCUGACGUCAGACACCUCGGGCCUCACUGAGGAGCAGCUGGAGUCUCUGGACAGCAUAUUUGAAGGCACGUAUAAAACCAAAUAUCCCAUCGUUGGCUACACAGCGUCACGGAUCCUCAACCAGGACGGAAGUCCCAACGAGGACUUCAAACCAGAGGACCAGCCUCAUUUUCAGAUCAAAGAUGAGUUUUAAUUCCAGUUUACCUGCUGUUUUUUUAAACUUAGCUGUGAAAAUGAGUCUCUCUGUAAAUGAGGCUCCUGUUGUUUUCUUAUUACGUGAUCAGAAUUGUGAUCAAACCAUGUAAAACACGAACAUAACUACAACAAAACACACAAUCCGUUGUACUUGAAGUGAAGGUUUACUAUUCUUUGCUAUUACUAUUCUUUAUUAGAUGUGUGAGCUUUACUGUGCAGAGACGCUAGGAAACCAUUUUAAUACCUGAUGUAUCUUCAGUUUUUAAACAAAUAUCAGGGAAUUACAUGCAAGGCGCCAGAUUUUUACACAUUUGAAGAAGCAGUGAGCACAAAAUGCCUCAAUUUUCUGUUUGUGCGAUGCAGAUUUGAAGUUUCUCGUCUCGCUAGACAGAGAGACUUCAUCUAUAAACAGACUUCUAGUCUCAUUAGUGCUGGAUGAAGUAUGUAGAUCCUUUAGUUAAGUUAAAGUACCAUUACAGCAAAGUACAAAUGUGCAUGAAAAAUCCCACUGAAGUAAAAAUGCGUAGCAGCAAAAUGUAGGAAAAGUGUUAAAGUAAAAGUCAUUGUUUGGUCCGUCUGGCUGAUAUAUUGCUAUAUAUGUCAUUGUUAGAUUAUUAAUUGUGAGACUUGAUUUAUUUUCUGUUAAUCAGCCCAUCCACAACUUGGAUUUUUACCACUGAAUGCAAUUUGAUUAAUCAUUUGUUCAAUAAAAUAUUUUAAAAAAUAGUGAGGAGCAUUAGUUUUACCGAAAGAAUUCCAUUUAUAGUGAAAAAUGACACAAAAAUUAUCUGUUUUUGUUGCUUUGUAAGUGAGAAAUAAGUUGGUGACUGAUUUUCUGCCGAUCAACUCAUGAACAUGUUUAGUUUUUAUUCUGAAAUGUUGCCACUAAAUGCAAUCAAAUACCGUUUAUCUAACAGAAAACAGUAAAUCUGCAGCUCUGUGGAUGUUGAUUUAUCAUCAACUUUAUUUUUAUGCUUUUCAAAAUUUUCAGUUCACUGUGGAAAAGCAAUAUUUUCGCUUUGCCUGAAAUAUUCCAUUUGUAUCGACAAAAAAUACCUGUUCUUGUUGCUCUAUUAAGUGAAAGUAAGUUGCUGAUUGAUUUUCUGUUGAUCAACAAGUUUAAUUUUUAGUCUGAAAUGUUGCCACUAAAUACAAUCAAACACUUAUUAGAUAUCAGAAAACAAUAAAUCUGCAGAUCUGUGGAUGUUGAUUUUUGCACAUUUACCAAUAAAACCUGUAAAUUUAAAGCUC